UAAAAAUGUCGGACUCUGUUGACAAAUCGUUGCACAGCUGAUCGUAAAGAAAUCGACGAUUCAUGUCGACCAUGAGCCGUAUUGCUGGACAUAUUUAUACUAUAUAAAGUUGUGUUUUAUUUGAUCGCGUUAUAUGAUCUCAAAAUGAUAAAGUCAGUUCAAAAUCCUGACUACAUAAGAAGUGAUGAAUAUGAAGGGGAGGAUGUCGGGUUGUUAUCUGAACAACAGAUAACACACUAUAAGACUGCAGGGACGGCGAAUGGGUCAACAUGGUAUGCCUCUGUUUUCCUGGUGGUCAAUGCAGCUCUGGGUGCUGGCUUGCUCAAUUUCCCUGAUGCCUACCACAAAGCAGGAGGUGUGAUGGUGGCAGUGAUCAUACAGGCUGUAUUUUUAGUGUUUAUUGUGGUUGCUUUGAUGAUACUGGCCUACUGUUCCGACCUCAAUAAAACCACUAACUACCAAGAUGUCGUACUGUCUGUGUGCGGUAAAAAUGCCCAGCGCUUCUGUGCCUUCACCAUCAUGGUCUAUUGCUUUGGGACCUGUAUUACGUUUCUCAUCAUCAUCGGAGACCAGUGGGAGGAAGUGUUCCUAUUCACGAUGAAGGACACUUACUGCCAUCAGUCGCCCUGGUACAUGAACAGGAUAUCGACCAUCUGUAUAUCCUCUCUGUUCCUCAUCCUGCCUCUCUGCUUUCCUCGACGAAUAGACUUCCUCAAAUACCCGAGUGCCCUGGGUGUGGUCGGAAUUCUGUAUGUUGUUGUCCUGGUAACUUACAAAUAUGCGACUCCUCACACUACUCCUCAUCACAUCACCACACAGCCAAAACAGUGGAUGGAUUUGUUUUUGGUUGUGCCAACCAUUUGUUUUGCUUAUCAGUGCCAUGUUAGUGUCAUACCAAUAUACUCGUGUAUGAAUAAACGAGGUAUGGGAGAGUUCGGUAAGACGAUUGGCUGCGCCAUGGCUCUCUGCGUGCUGACCUACACCGUAGUGGCUGCGUUUGGGUACCUGACAUUUGGAGAUGCAAUCACCUCGGAUAUCUUACUGUCCUAUGACCCGGCCCCGGAGGUGCUAGUCGCCGUCAUCUUGAUUGCUGUUAAAACCUACACCACUUAUCCCAUACUGCUCUUUUGUGGGAGGGCCGCGUUGGACUGUUUAUGGGUGGAUGUCCGGCGCAUGUCUCCGGAACGUGUGGAGGAGACGGAGAGACCUAGGAGGAUCUUAGUCACGAUCAUAUGGUUCGUGGCUACCCUGGCCAUGGCUAUAUUUAUACCCAACAUCGGAGUUGUCAUACAGAUCCUCGGCGCUUUCGCUGCAAUAUUUAUCUUUGUUUUUCCAGGUAUGUGUAUGAUAAAUGCAGUACAAAUGAAAGCCAAUGGAGUCUGGGACCGGAAGUUAGAAGCCAUGAUGAUAUUUGCUUGUUCCUUUGUAGUCCUGGGAACGUUUAUAUUUGGUCUGACAUUGACGCAGUCUAUUCUUAGCGACUCGGGCGGUGUGAAGGCAGACAAGUCGAAGUACACAUGCUGACGACAAGCUGUUUUGAUGUUACGAUUUCUGUGUUAGUUAAAUUAGCAUUACCAUUAAUGUGUUUAAUUUUGAAAUGUAUGAUGAAUGUUUCAAACAUGUUUUGAAAAAGAUAUUUUAUUUUAUCCAGUUGUGUUCUUUGGACUAUACUAGUCCCAGGAUAUUGAAGCAGUGUUAGAUUUAAGUCCAAAUUUCAAAUGUUGGACAAAAGUAAUUUGCUUUGAAAUCUGUGUACAUUUUGUGAUAUGGUCCGUUUUUCAUUACGCCAAAUUAAGGGUGUACUUUCCAUUUCCCAACUGACUUUAUUGAAGCAUUCUCAAAGUCAAACACAUCUUUACAUGUCUUUUCUCCAUUUCUAAAAGUAGAUUAAAUCUAAUUUAAAAGUAUUGAGAAUUUUUAUGAUCAUAUGGAACCAUAAUUUAAUCAAUAUUCAAAUCUGAACUUUAUUAUAUUCUUUCAAUAUCUUGGGGCUAGAGUAUUCUGGCAGGUGCAGUAUGUUUUGUGAUAUAUUUUAUGAUUCAUUGGCAAAUUCUUGUAUAUUUUUUUUUAAAUGUUUCACUAAAUGGAUCCAUUUUUAUAACACAUGACAUUACAAACCUGUUUUUGUUUGAUACUGAAAAAACAAUUAUACCUAGGGCAAUAAAUCUGUAUCAGAAGCAAUCAUGAAGAAACUGUGAUGCUUUUUGCUCUUGUUUCUUUUUUAUGUUAACUGGAACAAGUUACAAUGAUUACAUGUACAAUUUUCUGAAAUACUCUUGAGAUUAUUUUGAAAUGAGUAUUCUUGUGUUUUAGGGUUAAAACCACCUGUUUGAUAUUGACUGUAUUAUUCACGGAAAUUUUAAGAGAUUAUUUAUUUGAAUAUAAUUCAGAUUUAAAACCAUUGGGCCAGUAGUUGCUUUAAUAGUUGUGGAUUUACCGCAGCCAGUAGCUGCUUAGUUGUGGAUUUACCGCAGAUGAAGUAGAUUAUUUUAUAUUGCAGCAUUAGAUACUGUAGGCAUAACAAAGUUGUGAUUUUAAUUCUGCUUAUGCAGUCGAAAGCCACACAUUUUAUUACCUCCCUUUAACUAGUUUCCUAGUGAUUUAUAAAAACUUUUUUUUUUAAACUGUUGCCUUAUUUAAUUUUCUUGAAAAAAUGUGUAACCUAUUUCAUCCAAAACAAGUAAUGCGAUUGUUAACUGUGUUACAUAUAAACUGUAUCUUAAAUGUCCACAAUGCUACAUUUUACUUUUUUCAAUUACUGCAUGUACAUUCCAUUUUUUUUUUCAGAUGCAACAAUUUUAGAUGUCUUUGUGUUUUCAUUAUGUAUUUUAUUCUGUUUUUUUGACAUGUUCAUAUUUUUAAUGGUUGUUUUAAGAAAUUAUUUAGUGCCUUACUGGAAAAAGUAUAAUUAUAAUUUCUUAAAAACAUUGUAGAAAUGUAAAGCAUAUCUGUCAUUUAAGAAUGCAUUGUUAUUGGAACUGUAACUACUCAUUGCUGUAGUAAUCUAGUUUUAGCGAUUUUCACACUUCAGGGUUUGCCCUCAAUCAAGAUCGCACUAAUAACGUGUUCUGUACAUUGUAUUCAGGUAUACCUACCUGUUAUAUGUUUUAGGUGCAUCGAUGCACUAAUCUGUUAACAUUUGAUUGAAUGUACUUAAGGGUUCCUGUCCCACAGCACUGAUGUUUUCCUAUAUGCAGUAAUUAUAACAUCCCCUUAAAUUCUGCUCAGAUAUAUUAACUGUUUUGCCGGGAUUCUUAUGUUGACCAGGUAGCUCAAUUGGUUAGAGCGAUAGUAAUACAAUCUGAAGAUCCAGUGUUCGAAUUCCAGUCUAUCCUUGUUAAAUUUUUACAUUCAGGACACUGUCGUUGAAUACAUUUGGUUUAUUUCUCAUAAAAUUCCCACAAGGUGUGGUUUUCUUUUCUGAAAUGAAAUAACAAAGUAAAAGUUAUGCCAGAAAAAACUAAUUUCCAGCAUCCUAUGUUUAAUUAUGUUCAUUAACAGUAUUUAAUGGUGUUUUUUUUUAAUACAUAUCAGUUGUUGGUAACCCAUUAAAAUAUGAUUGUUUAACAUAAAAGAUGUUAAAUUUCUAAGUAAAAGGUGAUGAUUAUGUUAGAUAUUCACCAUGAGAUUUAUGUUUAUUUAUGAUUUGAAAUAGUCUGCAGGAUUACAUAAUAUGAUUACCUCCCCUUAAAGGUACCUUCUGGCAUUGCCUACUAGGAAGGAUCAUUUCUACAGCCAUUCGUAUUUUGUCGGUCAAACCUUGAAAUUGAGAUGGUUACCUGUAUGCUGUCGGGUAACUCAUUGGGAUAUUUACGUCACCUGUCUGCUAUCUUCCUAGUAAACAGCUGCAUGGUCCUAAAAUGCACAAUAUGCGUAGAGGAUGUCGAUAAUAGAGUUGUCCGAUCGACUAGAAUUGUUAUAAACUUUUAUACUUACAUUACCGUAAGUUUGACUUCACCCUUUAACCAUAGAGGCGACAGUUUCUCAUUCCUCAAAAGCAUAUAAGUUAUCAGUGUUUUUGUUGUUCGGUUAUACUGUGGAAUACAGACUGUUUCCCCUAGCUAAAAUGUGCCUUAUUAUCCAAAAUGACAAAAAAUAGGAAUAAAUUCCAAAUUUCAAUAUGAAUAGGUAAUGCUAUAUUUUUUCAAUUCGUAGAGUAACAAGCUGUUGUAAAACUCAGGUAAAAACAUCCUGGUUAUGAAAACAUCUUCAUAGUUCUGUUAAGUUAUGACAAUGUUCAGUCUGAAUAUCUACAUACCCGGUACAUUUAAUUCUGCUACUCUUUCAGAUAUAUAUGUAUUUCCAAUUGAUAGUUUGUGAAAUCUGCAAACAUGAGUGCACUACAUUUUUAUUUUUCAAUUCAUUUUUAUUUAUUUAAUAGAGUUAUAAUAAUGUAUGAAAUAUACUAAUAGAAACAUGACAUUAUUUUACAAGAAACUAAACUCAUUACACUUUCCAAUUAUUUUAAAUCCCCCCCACCCCCCCAC